UAGUACCACCGUGGAAAUUUCUUUUAACGUUUGUUUUGUGUGUGUGUGUGUGUGUAUUACAGCCUCUACUUUUUAAUCUGUUAGAAUUCAAUUAUCAUUAAUCAAUGGACAGGUUUGGAGGGGCGCAUGGCUUCGGCAGCGGUGGUAGUGAUGAACGGAGGGCUCUUCUUAGUCGAGGAGGAGGAAGAAAGAGAAAUGAUGCAUCUGAGGAUAAUCAGUUCACAGACCUUGAGCAUGGAGAUGCAGUGCCAGCUGCAAAUGUGGGAUUUGGUCGAGUACUUUCUCUGGCAAAGCCUGAUGCAGUAAAGCUGAUAAUUGCUACGCUAGCUCUCCUGAUUGCUUCCACAUCAAGUAUACUAAUUCCUAAGUUUGGUGGAAAGAUAAUAGACAUUGUGUCGGGAGAUAUAGAAACACCUGAACAGAAAGCUGAAGCUUUACAUGCUGUCAACAACACCAUACUAGAGAUCUUUCUGAUUGUCAUAACUGGUUCAGUUUGCACAGCACUCAGGGCAUGGUUGUUUUCUUCCACUAGUGAAAGGGUGGUGGCUCGGUUGAGAAGCAACUUAUUUGCUCACCUUAUUAACCAGGAGGUGGCCUUCUUUGAUGUAACUAAAACUGGAGAGCUACUGAGCAGGUUAUCCGAAGAUACCCAGAUCAUAAAAAAUGCUGCAACCACAAAUCUUUCUGAGGCCCUAAGAAAUGUAUCAACUGCACUCAUUGGUCUUGGCUUCAUGUUUGCUACAUCCUGGAAGUUGACGUUGUUGUCUUUGGCUGUUGUACCUGCUAUUUCUGUUGCCGUACGUCAAUUUGGCCGCUUCCUUCGUGAACUUUCUCACAAGACUCAAGCUGCUGCUGCUGCUUCUGCUUCAAUUGCUGAGGAAUCUUUUAGUGCUAUACGGACAGUCAGAUCUUUUGCACAAGAAAGUUACGAGAUUUCACGCUAUUCUGAGAAAGUUGAUGAGACAUUGAAGCUUGGACUUAAGCAAGCUAAAGUGGUUGGGCUCUUCUUAGGAGGUCUCAAUGCAGCAUCAACCCUUUCAGUGAUCGUAGUGGUCAUAUAUGGAGCUAAUUUAACAAUUACAGGUUCUAUGACCGCUGGUGCUCUUACAUCCUUCAUUCUCUACAGCCUCACAGUUGGCAGCUCUAUAUCUGGAUUGUCGGGAUUGUACACUGUGGCAAUGAAAGCUGCAGGAUCCAGCAGGCGGGUUUUCCAGCUUCUAGAUCGUGUCUCAUCCAUGCCAAAGUCAGGGAAUAAGUGUCCUUUGGGUGAACAGGAUGGGGAUGUGGAGUUAGAUGAUGUCUGGUUUGCCUAUCCAUCCCGCCCCAACCACAUGGUUCUUAAGGUGAUUAGCUUCCUCUUAACUACCUCUCAGAAGUUAUUGUCUGUUCAUACUGUUCUGAUGAUAAAACACUAUACAUUCUUUCAAUUACAGGGAAUAACAUUGAAACUGCAGCCUGGCUCAAAAGUUGCUCUUGUUGGCCCUAGUGGAGGAGGAAAAACCACAAUUGCAAACUUGAUUGAAAGGUUUUAUGACCCAAUUAAGGGAAAGAUUCUCCUAAAUGGGGUUCCUCUGGUGGAAAUAUCACACGAACAUCUACACAGAAAGAUCAGUAUAGUGAGCCAGGAGCCUGUUCUUUUCAACUGUUCUAUAGAGGAUAACAUCGCCUAUGGGUGUGAGGGUAAGGUCAGCAGCAUGGAUAUAGAAAAUGCAGCAAAAAUGGCCAAUGCGCAUGAUUUCAUUGCAAACUUCCCAGAUAAAUAUCAAACUUUUGUAGGAGAACGUGGGGUAAGGCUUUCAGGAGGUCAGAAACAGAGGGUAGCAAUUGCUAGAGCCCUACUGACGAAUCCAAGGAUUCUCCUCCUUGAUGAAGCCACAAGUGCUCUGGACGCCGAGAGUGAAUAUCUAGUGCAGGAUGCCAUGGAUUCUCUGAUGAAGGGAAGGACUGUUCUAGUUAUAGCCCACAGACUAUCAACUGUCCAAAGUGCAGACACUGUAGCAGUUGUUUCUGAUGGUCAGAUAGUGGAGAGGGGCUCUCAUGGAGAGCUCCUUAGCAAGGAUGGGGCCUAUACUGCGUUGGUGAAGAGACAGUUACAGGGACCCAAAACAGAUGUCAUCGUUUAAAACCCUUAAAUAUGGACCACGAACGUUUUGGUGAAAGUAUGAAGCUCUAUAAUAAAAUCUUCCUUCUUGAUAAUGCAUUCAAUGCUACGCCACUGAUUUAUGGUUCUGAAAGCCAAUGCUAUCAUCAGUAAAGCUUGUUAAUGUAUCGAAUCCUCAAUGGAAGAGCUCCAAGCUGUUUGAUUAACCUAGUGAGGGUAUCUUUACGAUCAAGUCCUGAUCAUUUCUGAUACUUUCGAAUAAAGGAAAGUCAGAGGAGCGGCUUAGCCAAGAUAA